GAUUGCAUUUCAAUGGGAUCCUGCUGAGCGAUUCUCAUCUAUGUUAUAGUUUAUUUCUAUGGGAGCAUCAUGCAGUUGGAGGCUUAUCUUCGUCUCUGUCAUAGAUGUUUGUGGUUCUGUAAAAGUUCUCAGCGGAUGUUCUCACUCUGUACUGCGCACAGAUCAUCAACCAAUUACUAUGAACUUCUCGGGGUGAAACCAGAUGCUACGUUGGAGCAAAUUAAGAAUGCAUUUUUUGACAAAUCCAAAAAGUUGCACCCUGACAGUGACCCAUCCAAUCCCGGUCUGCACAGUCAGUUUGUGCAGCUGAAUGAGGCGUACAGGGUGCUGAGCAGAGAAGGGUCAAGGCAAGAUUAUGACCUCAGGCUGAGGUACCAGUACACUGCAGGUCCAGCCUUCAGAUCCUCCAGCUCCACCAACAGACCCAGUGCGGAGGCUGCAGAGAGCAUGCGUUACUGGGAGCAGUUCAGACAGGCCCAGCCUCAGGAGAACACGGCUGAGGAGCGGGAAAAGAGCAAGAAACGUAACAUGCGUUUGGUGGGCUACUGCAUGCUAACCAUGCUACUCAGUCUCUCCGUACAUUACUUUGGGUUCAGGAAACUGGAAGAGGUCCAUAAUAACUUCAUGGAUGAGAAGGAUAGAGUCAUCACUGAGAUCUACAACACAUCCAAAGAAAGAGCCAGAGUGAACGGCUUCAAGAAGCAGCAGGAGAUCUUGAGACAGAAGCACGCAGAGUUCCUGGAGAGAUACAAGUUCCGCAGUAAUGGAGAAGAGAAAUAAAGCAAGGAAAAGACAGAUCUAGAAGAAGCUUAUUACACAGGGUUAUGGAGAGAGUGCAGGUUGUGGAUGAACGUUGAAGAGUUUAUUGUAUUUUGUGUUCGUAGUUUUUAUCAAAUUUUCUAGCAUCACACAAACAGCAAUAUUUCAGCCCUUGUACUUUCACCCAACUCUGACAAAUUAAGGUCACACGGGAUGCAAGGCAAAUCAGGCUGAUUAUAGGCCAACAUUGCUUCUCAUGAGGUGUUUUAAACAACUGUACUCUUUCUGUAUUUCUUGCAUUUGCAGGUGACAUUGUAACUGCACCUGGAAAGGGUGUUAUGGAAACAUUGCAUUCCUGAUAAAGUAGUUCAUCAAAACACUGUACAUUGUGCACUUUGUUAAGCUCAAUGUGUGUAUGUAUGUGUGGGAGAGAGUUUCUCAUGGAAGAAUGUUAUACAGAUGAGCAGAUCAGUGCUGUCCAGUGCAUUUUAUUUCAGGUGCUGGCUAUUUCCCAACUAUUUUGAAUGCAAUAUCAAAUAAUCUUAUCUUAAACAGGAAGUGAAUGGGUCUUUGGCAAGUAAUGAGAAGUUUCUUUUACCCGUGUAAUAGAUCUAGGCUGCAUAUCAAAUGCAUUUCCUACAAGUUAUUUAACAGCAAGAUUAUAUUAAACAAGACCCUUAUUCUGGAUCCAAACUCUUCUCAGACCCCUGCUGUCACAAGGCAUAGAUCCCAAAAAUGAAGUCUUUUUAGAUAUCCAAGUCAUCGCCUUUUUUGAAGAAUGGAAAAGAAUUUCAGGGUUUGACAUUGAAUGUAAAUUCUGCAUUAGACAUUCACCAGAACGCCUUCAUCUUUAUAAAUAAAAUAUUGAUUUUGUGUGAAAUCA